UCGUGCGUCUGGAGAGGUCUCGACCAAGAUUCGAUCUGACGUUGUGGUCUUUCCUGGGCUGUGCCUUGGGUGCCCACAGUUGGGAGAGCAAGGGCACAAGAUGCCAGGGAGCCAGAGCUCUGCCGCAGGCUAUGAGUAGGAGCCUGAGAUGGUCUGAGCAGCUCGGUGCGCUUCUCAAUGCUACUGACGGAAAUGUGGCCAGGAUUAAGCAAAGGCUGUAUCCCCUUGGAGUCUCCACCACGGCUUCGAUCCCAGGCUCAGGUGACUGAGGCACUAAGGCAAGCUGUGCAGGGCCUGCUGGAAGAGCGAGAGCAGCAGAAGUACCAGAUCUCUGCCCUAGAAGCAUCACUAAGGUUGCUGCAGGGGGGCCCAGAGCAAAGGGUCCUUCUCCUGGAGCAACGCCUGGAGGGGCUGAGAAGGGAACUGCAGGGCCUUCGAAACCAGGUACAGGAACAGGCGCGAGCCCAAAUACAAACAGGACCACAAAAGUGCAGUGCUACCAGUGGCCUUCACCAAGAGCUGCAGAAUGAGCUGCAACUGCUGUGGGAGGAGUCAGAGAUUCUUCGGGAGGAAUUGAAGUUGCUGCAGGACCAGCUGAGCCAGCACCAGGAGCUGCUGCUGAAACAGAUGACUGAGGGGCAGCAAGCUCAGGCCCACAGCUGGAAGAUCUCCAGAGGCAUACCCUUUCUAACCUGCAGCCCAGCAGCUUUCAGCUCCAGGCCCAGAGCCCUAUACUUUAAGGGCCCCAAGAUGCUCCUGAGUGACUGUAAGGACUUGUAAGAGCAGUAGGAUGAUGUCUUCUUUGCUCACCUUCUCCUCCAAGGUCCUGUUUCUGGGUCCCCUUCCCCUCCCCUCUUGAUCUAGCUGGUGUUUGCCCUCCCUACUGAGGUUUGUCACUGCCUGUCCAGCCUUACCCACAAGCAAUAAAAUGGU